AUGAGAGCACCCAAGACUCAUUUCCGCUUCUGCUUGUCGCUUCUUUUGGGGACUCUAGCUUUACUGUCAGUUUCUCAGUCUGCACCUAGCAGGCCUGAACGAAGUAAUAGUAUCCGAGAACGUUUGAAUACCAUCCUCAGCACUCCAGCCGCAAGCAGGGACGCCGCCCGUCCACCCAAUGGCCGAGCCCGCGCUCCUCAGGCUGCCAGUCCUGCGGGAGCUUCCAGUCCUCCUGCUGCUCCAGAAGGUGCAGUUACCGGGGCCAGCGCAUCAUCUCCCUCCAACGCGGAACUGCUGCUGCAGUACCUAGACAAGCGCGCCAGCAGCAACAGCAAGUCGCCUCAGGAGUUCAUUGAUACCAUCAUUUCAAAGAAGGCUGGAGUAGCCGCUGCCAGGGAGGCUGUUGCUGAGGAAGACUCCGGUCUGGUGGAGGUGUUGGACAGUCAGACCUGCGCUCAGGUACCUGUCUCACGCCCCUAUGAGUGCGCCCGCAAGGAGCUGAAGCAGACAGCGUAUCCUUGCAGCCUUGAGUUCUACCCUGAAGUCUGUACAUUGGUUACCCGUCCUAUGGAAUCCAAGAGGCCCCGCGACGUGGAGCGUAAGGUGCCUUAUCAGUGCCCCAAGUUGCGCAAUAAGCAACUGUGCUACAGCGUCCCCAAGUCGCAACAGACGACUUGUGUGGGCAUGGUGAACAAGGCUAAGGAGACAGAGUGCCAGCGCAACCACGUACAGAAAUCCUGCACCAUUGUGGAGGAGUCGAUCCCCUGGACGUGCCAUGAGACCAAAGAGAUUCAGCUCAGCUACGCCUGCAGCCGCGUAGAGCCCACAACGGAGUGUUCUCCCAACCUGGUGGCCAUAGACGACGCUUGCACCCGUGAGACCAAGGUGCCAGUGGUGUACGAAUACUACGACGUGGAGCCCGAACAGCAGUGCGAGGUUGUGCGCAAAAAAAAUAUGUGUCCCAAGGCCGUCCGUUCAGUUGACCUCUACUCUUGCCCAGAAACUUACUACGACAAGGUUUGCAUCACCGUAGAUGUCCCGGUGACCCGCAUGUGUGACGCCCCCGUUACUAUCACAGAGGAGUACCCUUGCGAGAAGACAGAAGUCCGCACCAUAAAGAAGGCUUGUGGCUUCAGUCAGGGCGCCAGACGCUUCCUUAGAGCUGAAGUUGAGGGGCAGGAGGGCCCGGCACCAGCUGCAGCUGCAGCUGCAUCAUCCGGCAGAAGAAGACUCUGUGACUACGAAACCACGGUGACAGUCCCGUCUACUUGCACGCGGGAAGUAACUGUGACCAAGCAACAGCCCUGCAUGCAAACAGAACCACAGGAGCAAUGCUCAAUGGUGGAGAAAGUGCGUGAAAAGACUUGCGAAAGUCCGUCGACGCGCACUGUUCAGGCCGAGUGCGAAGACUGGGUGGAGGAGACCGUGUGUCAGCAGGUUAACAAAACAGUAACCAAAAAGGGGGUCAAGUUUGAGACCAAGGUCGACUCCUUCCCCUGCACUAGCACGUACGCCAAGGAAGUCUGUGUGGAGGUCAGCUCUCUUGUAGACGCUACCUGCGACGCCAAUCUCAAAGAGACGCAAGAAGUGCCAUGUACUCGCAAGUACAAGAAACAAGUCUGCCAAGACAUUGACGUGCCCUCCACAGAAAUCUGCACUGAAAUCAAAGAACAGGAGAUUGAAUAUCCCUGCCUGCAGAUCGUAUUCGAGGAGAAAUGCACGACUGUGCCGUACUACGAGUUAGAGCCCUGCGAGGCCGUGGUGGCUGAAACAGAGCUCGAGCCUUGCGAAGUCAACUUUAGGGUGACGGAAUGUACACCCCAAGACAAUCCUCAAAUGGGCACAUGCUUCAAAGACGAGCAGGUUGAUUUCAGCGAGACCUGCUACCGCGUGGAGAGCGACACUGCCUGCGAAGAUGUCAUCACCACAAGAGUCGUGCAAGACGCACUUGCAAAACGCGCCAGGGCCUCUAAGUAG